UUAUUUUUAAUUUGUUGGUCUGGUGCAGAAAUUUGUAUACGAAUGUCUUCAUGUAUUGAAGACGCAUAGGUUCUUCACACCUCCCACGCGUCGCUCUUCACCCCCCUCUCUCUCUCUCUUCUUUCUCUCUCUACUUUUCUCUGUCAUCUAAAAUGAAGUUUUUGUAGCAUUCUCUGUCAAAUUCAACACUCAUUUUCUUACAUUUGUUCCCACCCAUGUUAUGUUGUCUUCUUCACACACACACUUCUCAAUUACCAAAUUUUCAGACACCAUUUUUUGUGAGUGAUUUUUCCUCCCAUCUGGGGUUUCUGCAACAAUGCACUGGUGGGCGAAGGAAAAACACAGGGGUGGCACACCCGUGGUUGUUAAAAUGGACAACCCUAACAACUGGUCCAUGGUGGAGCUCGAAUCUCCCUCCGACGACGACUUCCUCUACCACGGCGGCGCCGCCGCCAUCCCCAAAGGCGGCCGCAACAAGAACGCCAAGCAGCUCACAUGGGUUCUCCUCUUGAAAGCCCACAAGGCCGCCGGCUGCCUGGCAUCCAUUGCCUCCGCAUUCCUCUCCCUCGCCUCCGCCGUCCGCCGCCGCCUCGCCUCCGGCCGCACCGACACUGAAAACCCGGGCGGCAGGUCGAGAUUCUACGCCUGCAUCAAGGCCUUCCUCUGGCUUUCCCUCCUGAUGCUCGGUUUCGAAAUCGCCGCGUAUUUCAAAGGAUGGCAUUUCGGAGCGGCGGAUCUCCAGCUCAAACGUCUCUACACUCUAACGAAUCCGUUUGCGGUUAAGGACGUGUUUGGCUCGCUCUACUCGAAAUGGGUCUUGAUCCGGGUCGAAUAUCUCGCCCCGCCGCUUCAGUUCUUGGCCAAUGUAUGCAUUGUUCUCUUCAUUAUACAGAGCUUGGAUCGCUUAAUUCUCUGUUUGGGUUGCUUGUGGGUCAAGCUCAGGAAAAUCAAACCCGUACCCAAACACGCCCUUAUCGAUCUUGAAUCCGGCCCCUAUUUUCCGAUGGUCUUAGUUCAGAUCCCCAUGUGCAAUGAGAAAGAGGUUUAUCAACAAUCUAUUGCGGCGGUGUGUAAUUUGGAUUGGCCUAGUGGGAAACUUCUGAUUCAAGUAUUGGACGAUUCGGACGAUCCGUUAACUCAGUCUUUGAUUAAAGACGAAGUUCGUAAAUGGCAAAAUAACGGCGCCAACAUUAUAUACAGGCAUAGAGUUAUUAGGGAUGGGUACAAAGCAGGGAAUCUUAAAUCCGCAAUGAAUUGUGGAUAUGUUAAAGAUUACGAAUUCGUCACUAUUUUCGACGCCGAUUUUCAGCCCAACUCCGAUUUUCUCAUGAGAACCGUUCCUCACUUUAAGGAUAACGAGGAACUAGGGUUGGUUCAAGCGAGAUGGUCUUUUGUGAACAAGGAUGAAAACUUGCUAACGAGGUUGCAGUUAAUUAACUUGGCUUUUCAUUUCGAAGUGGAGCAGCAGGUUAAUGGAAUAUUCCUCAACUUCUUCGGUUUCAAUGGGACAGCUGGCGUUUGGAGGAUUAAGGCUUUGGAAGAAUCGGGCGGUUGGUUAGAGAGGACUACUGUCGAGGAUAUGGAUAUCGCUGUGCGGGCCCACCUUCACGGCUGGAAAUUCAUCUUUCUUAAUGACGUCGAGUGUCAAUGUGAAUUGCCGGAAUCUUAUGAAGCUUAUAGGAAGCAACAACACAGGUGGCACUCGGGUCCAAUGCAAUUAUUCCGACUCUGUUUGCCAGCUAUUAUUCGAUCAAAGAUAAGCAUUUGGAAGAAAGGAAACAUGAUAUUUCUCUUUUUCUUGCUAAGAAAGCUCAUACUCCCGUUUUACUCGUUCACACUCUUCUGCAUAAUUCUCCCAAUGACAAUGUUCAUUCCCGAAGCUACACUACCAGCAUGGGUCGUAUGUUACAUACCGGCAACAAUGUCGUUUCUCAAUAUUCUCCCCGCGCCAAAGUCAUUCCCAUUCAUCGUCCCUUAUCUCCUCUUCGAAAACACAAUGUCCGUCACUAAAUUCAACGCUAUGGUUUCCGGGCUAUUCCAAUUGGGAAGUGCCUACGAAUGGGUCGUCACUAAAAAAUCGGGGCGGUCCUCCGAGGGCGAUCUCAUAAAUUUGGUCGAGAAAGAGCCGACAAAGCAAAGGGGAAGUUCGGAGCCCAAUUUGGAGGAAAUCAAAGAGAAGGAGAGACGGGCUUUUCGGAAAAGGAAGCAUAAUCGGAUAUACACGAAGGAGUUGGCGCUUGCUUGCCUUCUCUUGACUGCUUCCGCGAGGAGUCUUUUGUCGGCUCAAGGGAUACAUUUUUACUUCUUGCUCUUUCAAGGGGUCUCGUUUUUGCUCGUGGGGCUCGAUUUGAUUGGCGAGCAAGUUGAGUAAAUAAAAAAAAUAAUAAGAAAUGAAAGAGUUUUCUCCUUGAGUGGUUGUGUAAACAUGUAAAUGAGUAGAAGGGCGUUUUUGGAAGUCCUGGUAUUUCGACGAAAGAUAUAUCGCACGGGACCGGAGAUAUAUGACAGUAGAGAAUGCUGAUCCUUUUUUUUGUCUUGUAAUUUUUUUUUCUUAUUUUUUAUUUUUUUUAUUAGGUAAAUUCUUUUGUUAGAAGAAUUGUUUGUUUACAGAUGAGGGCAGGCAGGCAUAGGUAGGAAGUAGUGAUAAAUGUGUUCUCAAAUAAUGAUAUUCACUUGUUUGGAGGAAGAAUCAGCUGUCUCUAUAUAUCCUAGGAGUUGAGUUUAUUCAUUGC